AAGAGUUCGGUCGGAUGCGACAAGUUGCUUAUGUUGAGGGCUCGGUGUGAGAGAUAGAUAGAGGAACGGACGGGCAGACAGAGCGAACUAGCACUCGUGUAACUGGAGGGGAGGGGGAGACGCAUUCUCACGGAGUACACACACGCAUUGGCUACAUCUCCUGUAGACAAAUUCGUGUUUCACUGAUGUGUCUGUGUAUCCGCUGUAUAUCUGUUAAAACCAUUUCAUCAUAUGGCUGAGUUAUGUUUAGUAGAGAAAUGACAUACAGUUUCUUACACGGUAUUUUUUUCACGUAAUUUUGUCUUAAUACCCCCCUGUUUGUUAUUUCGAGGCCGUUAUUUGUCGUCCACCCCCUCUCUCUCUUUUUCUCCCCAUCUCCUUUUCCUCUCUUUGGGAGUGUGACGGUCUUCGAAUAAGCUUCUGAAAUAAUAAGCCGGCAGUAGCCCAACUACCAUGUCCUCCUCAGUGACUGCUUCCUGUGAAUAAGAGGACCAGAGCGAGAGCGUCCAAUCACAAUCAAGCCUCCACCAGCACAUCUUUCCAGUGAGAGAGAGAGAAAGAGAUAGAGGCCAAAGAGAGAGAGAGAGAGAGAAAACGAGUGCAGGAAGGAGAGGGGGAGAGAGUGAGAACAGUCGAUGGAUGCUGUCCGGAUUGAGGGGACAGCGCAUUCUUCAUUAACGAGGAAAAGAAAGAUUUCAAAAUGGAGUCGAAGGAUAGAAACUCGGCGGCAGGGAUGGUUUGUGAGAAGGGGAUCCAGAUCCUCCUCACCACCGUGGGGGCCUUUGCAGCCUUCUGCCUGAUGACGGUUUCUAUAGGGACGGACUACUGGCUGUACUCCCGUGCCUCCAUCUGCAACAGCACUCGCAACCACUCGGAUGACCCCCACAACAAGGACAAGAAGGACCCCGGCGCCCUCACCCACUCUGGCCUCUGGAGGAUCUGCUGCCUGGAAGGGGUGAAAAGGGGAGUGUGUUCUCAGAUCAACCACUUCCCUGAGGAUGCUGACUUUGACCAUGAUGGGCCAGAGUAUGUUCUACGUAUGGUCAGGGCUUCCAACAUCUUCCCUAUCCUCAGUGCUAUCCUGCUGUUGAUGGGAGGGGUGUGUAUCGGUCUCAGUCGCUUCUAUAAGCACAAGAGGAACAUCGUCCUGGGAGCAGGCAUUCUCUUUGUGGCUGCAGGUCUGAGCAACAUCAUCGGUGUGAUCGUGUACAUCUCUGCAGCGCUGGGAGACAUCUCCCCUAAGAAGGACGAGGACAAGAAGUGGCAGUACAGCUACGGCUGGUCCUUCUACUUCGGAGGCCUGUCCUUCAUCAUGGCUGAGAUGGUGGGCGUUCUGGCCGUCAACAUCUACAUCGAAAAGAACAAGGAGCUUCGCUGCCGCUCGCGCACUGACAUCUUCAAGGGGACCACGCACGCCAUGCUCCGCCUACCCAGCUACCGCUUCCGCCGUCGCUCCCGCUCCUCAUCCCGCUCUACGGACCCCUCACGCUCCCGAGACCCCUCGCCGGUGGGGGGAGGCGGGGGGAAGAACUUUGGCCUGCCCCCCUCGGCCAUGCUCUCCCAGGGGCCCAUGUCUGUGGCCACGCUGCCCAACCCUCACUCUCGCUCCCACACCACCCUAGCAGGGGGUGACAUCUCCCUCUACACUCUGUCCCGCGACCCCAAGCUGGCUGGCCUGCCCCCCAUGUACGGCACCGUGGACCGCGCCACCCUCUACCAGCUCCACAACUGCUUCCCCAAGGACGGGGGAGGAGGGGGAGGAGGGGGUGUGAUGAUGAGCGGCACACUGCCCUCUCUGAAGUCCCACAACCCCUCGCUGUCCCAGAAUUCCUCCAACUCCAACGCACCCAUGGGCAACUCGGUGGGCUCGGGGCCCCCACCCUUCUCCUCGUCCACGGUGGAGAGAGAACGAGGGAUGGGAACGCUGGACAGGCUAAAGGGAGAUAGAGAGAGCAACUCCAAUACGCUCAACAGGAAGACAACACCCGUGUAGAGAGGAGGGGGGGGGGACAGGGAAGGAAGAGAGAGAAAGAUAUAGAGGGGAUUGGGAUAAAGGAGUAUUAAAGGGUAUUGAGAUAAAGGAAUGGAGAGGAAAGAUAAUUUUUUUCACUGUUAUAAUUAGUCUACAGUAUCUCACUGAAAAACAAAAGAAAACAAGUAAUAAUUACAACAAUAAUGAACUUUAACAACAAAACUAUUUUACUAUUUGAACGCACUAGAAAUUAUUUAUUUUGUUAAUGAUCCAACGCGAUGAACCUUGGGCUACUAUUUUAAACAAUCCACUUUCUUUAGUGCAAUACUAACUCUGAUUUAACAAGAUCCUAUUUGACAUCAAUUGUUGUUGUGAUUAUUAUUAGCGUUAUUACGAGCUAGCUCUGUUUGCAAUGCUAUCGUUUUUGAAUGAUGAUAUGAUUUGUAUAAUUUUCACUCUGAUUUUGAAUCCUGACGACGUUUACUGUGAAUUUCUUAAACACAGACACGCUGGUAUGAUCAGUGGGCUGUGUAACUGUGUCAUUGGUGUCAAGCAUGAGUGUCUACAACGUAUGAGAAGACGAGUGUGUAUUAUGAUUUAUAUGAUUUCAUUAUUAUCUAAUAAUAAUAAUGAUAUAUAAUGUAUUAUUAUUACUAUUAUUACAACUUGUUCUUUGGUGGAGUUCAGUUCAUUUAUUUUUACCUCUAUUUUGAUUUUCUACCCCUUGGUUCUAACACACAGUUAAGUUGUGUGAAUACUGUACAUUGUCUUCCAAUAUUGUAACUGAAGGCUACAAUAAGUGAGUGACUGAGGCAACUGAGCAACUUCAGUGUUAUUCUGAGUCUGUUUUCUAUGGGCCGAUGUUAGUCUGAGUUCCAUUCUAAUCAAUGUUAGCAGUAGUCGUAGCUGUAGUCGUGUUGAAGAUGUUUGUUUUCUGGGCAUUAACAGAAACCUCUGUCUUGAGGAGAGAAGAAGAGAAACUGAUAUAUUUGUACAGAGAAAACAGGUGAAACUUGUCACCUGGAGAAAAGAAGAGAAACAUUUAUUCAUUAUUUUCUACAAGCGAGAGACCCAAAAUUAUUCUUUAGAACAGACACAACAGACAUGCUAUCCAUCCAUUAUUAAAAUGAAAUUGACAAUGAAAAAUGUCAAUGAAAUAAAUGUGUGGAUGGAGGUGGGGGGUUAAAAUACACUAUAGAGAACUUUUGAAAUGAAACAUGUACAUUGUAAUUAACGCAUACCUAUAUUUGCAAACUCUAUAGAUACUUUCUUUAGGACCUCUGGUAUGAAAACAAUGUGUGUAUUUUGGGAAGGGGAGGGGAGGGUGAUGCGUUUUUGAUCCUCUGUAUGGUUCAGGCUACCCCCCAGUUCUCAUGGGGUGCGCUGCCUCUCCCCUCUGCCCUGCCCUAGCUGUUUUGGGCAUGUCUUCUCCUCUGUCACAUGACCCAUGACAGAAUCGCCAUGGAGACGAACAUCCGAACCCCACCCCCAACGAAAAACUCUCACUGUGCUUCCCACGUGACCCUUGAACUUUGACCUUUUGACCCCUUCUGUUUAUGUUGAUGAGAAUGUAUACACGUGUAAACACUCUCCUGCACCUCAUUUUAUUGUGUGAUGGCAGAACUGGGAUGGACACUAUUGGACACCCCGCUACAUUACAGACUGGGGAAAGGAAAUGAAAACACCUGACGCUUCCACAUUCUUUUGGAUUUUAGUUUCUUCUUUUUUAUUUCAUUUGAGAGAAAAAAUAAUAAUGUGACAAAACUGCACACAGAUAGUAUACAUAUUGCCCACAUAAAUGCUAUGUAGUUGAGAAUAGAUAUAUCUAGACAAAAUGAUUAUGGUUUAUCUAAAUGUGUGAUAAACUCAAAACACUGUAUUGCACGAAGUUUAUAAAAAAAACAGUAACAGACCGAUUUACAGACUGAUUCUUUUUUUCUUUAAAGGAGUGACAUCAUGAGAUGAUCAAGGGAAUUAAUUGUAUUUUUAUUUUUUAUUUCACCUUUAUUUAAGUAGGUAGGCUAGACUGGGGUGCAAAGGAACAACAAAAUGAAAUAACAGUAUGGGGAUGAGGUAGUUGGGUGGGCUAUUUACAGAUGUACUAUGUACAGGUGCAGUGAUCUGUGAGCUGCUCUGACAGCUGGUGCUUAAAGUUAGUGAGGGAGAUAUGAGUCUCCAGCUUCAGUCAUUUUUGCAAUUCGUUACAGUUAUUGGCAGCAGAGAACUGGAAGGAAAGGCGGCCAAAGGAGGAAUUGGCUUUGGGGUUGACCAGUGAAAUAUACCUGAUGGAGCACGUGCUACUCGUAGUUGCUGCUAUGGUGACCAGUGAGCUGAGAUAAGGCGGGGCUUUACCUAGCAAAGACUUAUAGAUGACCUGGAGCCAGUGGGUUUGGCGACUAAUAUGAAGUGAGGGCCAGCCAACGAGAGCACACAGGUCGCAGUGGUGGAUAGUAUAUGGGGCUUUGGUGACAAAACAGAUAGACUACAUCCAAUUUUCUGAGUAGAGUGUUGGAGGCUAUUUUGUAAAUGACAUCGCCAAAGUCAAGAAUCGGUAGGAAAGUCAGUUUUACGAGGGUAUGUUUGGCAGCAUGAGUGUAGGAUGCUUUGUUGCGAAAUAGGAAACCAAUUCUAGAUUAAAUGUUGGAUUGGAGAUGCUUAAUGUGAGUCUGGAAGGAGAGUUUACAGUCUAACCAAACACCUCGCUAUUUGUCAGAACCGUCCAGAGUAGUGAUGCUUGACGGGCGGGCAGGUGCUGGUAGCGAUCGGUUGAAGAGAAUGCAUUUAGUUUUGCUUGCAUUUAAGAGCAGUUGGAGGCCACGGAAGGAGAGUUGUAUGGCGUUGAAGCUCGUCUGGAGGUUUGUUAACACAGUGUCCAAAGAAGGGCCAGAUGUAUACAGAAUGGUAUCGUCUGCGUAGAGGUGGGUCAGAGACUCACCAGUAGCAAGAGCAACAUCAUUGAUAUAUACAGAGAAAAGAGUCGACCCGAGAAUUGAAACCUGUGGCACCCCCAUAGAGACUGCCAGAGGUCCAGACAACAGGCCCUCUGAUUUCACACACUGAACUCUGUCUGAGAAGUAGUUGGUGAACCAGGCGAGGCAGUCAUUUGAGAGACCAAGGCUGUUGAGUCUGCUGAUAAGAAUGUGGUGAUUGCCUGAGUCGAAAGCCUUGGCGAGGUCUAUGAAUACGGCUGCACAGUAUUGUCUCUUAUCGAUGGAGGUUAUGAUAUCGUUUAGGACCUUGAGCGUGGCUGAGGUACACCCAUGACCAGCUCAGAAACCAGAUUCAAUAGCGGGAUGGAGAGAGAGAGAGAGAGAAUAGCGGGAUGGACCGAGAGAGAGAGUUAGCAGGAAUAACCGACAGAGAGAGACUUGACACAACUUUAGACCUAAGGUGUGAAAACAUUUAUUUGCACUAUACAGUGCAGUAUCCUGUUAAUGAAUGUGACCACAAUAUUUUAUUUAUUUUAACAGGAAUUUUUGUAUUAUUUAUUAAACUAGGCAAGUCAGUUAAGAACAAAUUCAUAUUGACAAUGACGGUCUAUACCGGCCAAACCCGGACGACGCUGGGCCAAUUGUGCGCCGCCCUAUGGGACUCCCAAUCACAACCGGUUGAGAUCCAGCCUGGAAAAGAGGUGGUGAUACUACAUUUGUCAGCCAAAAUCUCAAAUUUCACACUCUGAGGUUCACUUACACCUGGUACAAGCCAGCAGUGCUUGGAUUGCUCUCGUCAAAGAGGCUGUGCA